AGGCCGAUGGCUCUGGUGACGGUAGAUGAAGACGUUUUUCUCGGUUUAGAAAAUAAUGAGCAGUGAAAUUAAGUAAUGUUAAGGUAGCUAAAAGUUAAAGAGUAAACCGACUUCAGUAGCGAGGAUUAGUUUCUUUUAUCUUCUGGGAGGAGAGCAACAGAGUUGUCAUCAUGCCUCUGGUGAUGCGGAACAUCGAGCCGCGGCACCUGUGUCGCCAGACUCUGCCCACGGCGGUGAAGAGUGAGCUGGAAUGUGUGACUAACUUCACACUGGCCAAUAUUAUUCGCCAGCUUGGCUCCCUCAGCAAAUUUGCAGAGGAUGUGUUUGGCGAGCUGUUCGAGCAGGCCAGCUCAUUUGCAGAGAGGGUGAACACCCUUGGUGAGAGAGUGGACAAACUGCAGGUCAAAGUCACCCAGCUAGACCCUAAAGAGGAAGAAGUUUCUCUCCAGGCCAUCACCACUCGUAAGGCUUUUCGCUCUAAUCUGAUUCAGGAUCAGCAGCUUUUCACCAGGCCUUCCCUGCCCCAGCCAGUAAAGGACACCUACACGACCUGCAACCAGCCACCUCCACUCAACAUCCUUAGUGUGUACAGGGAGGAUGGCAAAGAGGCUCUAAAAUUCUACACUGAUCCAUCCUAUUUCUUUGACCUGUGGAAAGAGCAGAUGUUGCAAGAUACCAAAGAUAUCAUGAAGGAGAAACGGAAGCACAGGAAGGAGAAGAGAGAAAAUCCAAACCGAGGCAACCUGAACCCUCGCAAGAUCAAAACCCGCAAAGAGGAGUGGGAACGCCGUAAGAUGGGAGAAGAAUUUGUUGUUCCUAAGACUGAUGUAGGUCGUCCUUCAGAUAUGUACAAUGGGAGCAUUGGUUCAGGUGAUGAUAUGGGUCUGAUGGAUUCUGAGGGAACGCUAGACCAAAGCACUGCUUCCUACAGUUAUGAUCCUGGUUCCCCUCUCCCACCACCAGUAUCGGAUGAUGAUGGUUUCCUGCCACCACCUCCUCCGGAUAUGACGUAUAACGAGGGGCAGUCUGGAACCUCGCCUCAAAAGCGAAGUAGCUUACUAAGCCCCACUCACCCUCCUCCCGCUCCACCAGUUAUGGCAUCCUCUCCUCCUGGCCGCCCUACAGUGGCUCCUCCUGUAGCUCCACCUCCUCCCCCUCCCAUAGGGAUGGCGAUUCCACCGCCACCUCCUGUAGGAUUUGAUUCUCCUCCUUCUCCUCCUCCUUUUUCCUCUGGUUCUCCCUCUAUUCCUCCUCCACCCCCAAUGGCUUCCGGUGUUCCAGCUCCACCACCGCCCCUUGCUGGAGGCGGACCACCACCACCACCGCCACCCCCUCCUCCCCCAGGCCCUCCUCCAUGCUUUACCCCUGCUGCUCCAGCUGCUCCUCCUCCUCCAUCUGGUGGACCCCCUGCCUCCUCUGCCCCUAAGGCCCAGCCUGCCCCUGUCAGCGAUGGCCGCAGCGAUCUUCUGGCGGCUAUUCGCCAAGGAUUUAAUCUGCGCAAAGUGGAGGAGCAGAGAGAGCAGGAGAAGAGAGACGUCGUGGGCAAUGAUGUGGCUGCUAUCUUGUCCCGCCGUAUCGCAGUGGAGUGCAGUGACUCUGAGGAUGAUUCUUCGGAGUUUGACGAUGAGGAGUGGUCUGACUGAGUGUACAGUACAUGUCAUGAGAAAGAUCAUUCCCGUUAUACCUUCCACUUAUCACAUUACUCAUUUCCCUUUAAUGAGGCCAACUACAGUGUAUCAGUAAAAGGUCCAGACAGUGUGCGUGUGUUUGUGGGUGCGUAUGUGCGUGCCUGUGCGCACGGUUUAUUCUGACUCAGAGUGAAUUAUUUAGAUCAUUAGCUUGCUGCUCCUGUUUCAGCGUGCCUGUUCCAAUGUAAUGCAGCUAUAGAUGGGUAAAUAGAGAGAGAGAGAGAGAGAAAGAGCGAGCGAGCAAGAGAGGUUUUUUUUUUUUUUUUUUUGAAUCUUAGUAUCAUAUCUGCAAAAGCUUGGUAUUAACCGCCUUAAGUUUUGCUGUAUUUCGUACACCUAAGCCAAGUAAGAGCCACGUUAUUAUAAUUUACAUACUAAACACUCAGUUAUUUUCUUUGUUGCUCUCGUGUUGUAUAUUCUUCUCAUGGCAUUCUCAGAGCAUUCAUUCCCAGGGUGAAAAGCUCUGUUGAACCAAAUUCCUUUUUGUGUGUUCAUGGCUUGUUGCCUUGGUAACUGAUCUCUCUCUCUCUCUCUCUCUCUCUCUCUCUCUCUCUCUCUCUCUCUCUCUCUCUCUCUCUCUCUCUCUCUCUC